GUGUUUUUCAGGGGAUAGAACGUUGACAAACGAUGGAUCUGCCAUCUGUUAAUGGAUGAAGAAAUCACACAUAGCCUGUAUGAUUUCGGUACAUUUAUUUGAUAUUUUAAAUCCGAAGAACGUGAUAGCUGAUCGUCGUUCUUCGCGUAUACUGUUCGUUCACAGUUCCUCUUUUUUCUGCCGCAGUCAAAAAUUGGCUAAAUAGCUAGCUUUUCUCAGCUCUACAGUUAGCUCUGGACAGCUAGGUACCUAAUCAACGAAUUCUGUUAUUGCAGUUUCCUGCCUAGUCGUGUUCUCUAACUAAUAUUAAGAUACCUGUCAUUCCUGUGGUGUGAUUCUGGAUUCAAUACUUCGUGAAUCGUGUGUUACUACAAUUUACUGGUAACGUAUUGUUUGGAUAUUAGCUACUUAGCAGCUAGCCUUAGCUAUAUUUGCUAAAAUUGUUAACCUAGCAAGCUAGUUGUUAGCAGUUCGUCAGGGUUGCUAAAAUAGCUUCCCUGCUAAUAACGCUAAGCAAGUAGCAACUAAUGUUCCGUUAAGAAUCAAAAUCCAUAAACUAAUGUAUAACCUGUAUUAGAUGGAAGUUGCCUUCAAAGCGAAUACCCAAACGGCAUGAAAUUAUAUACUGGCCUUGCGUACUAACCAACUGUUAAAGAACCCAGAGCUGCCAUUAAAUUGUCAAAGCAACCGUGCGGGAAACGAUAAAGUAUUUAUCUACGUCGAUGGGACAUUGACAAACCUUUGACCUCACCUAAAUUUUGCUGUACAUCUGGUCACAGUAACUGUCAUUUUAGUCAGUGUACCGGGACAACUGCAGUGUGAUUCAGUCAGAGAACAGUAGCGCGAACAAAUUUGUGACAAGUUUGUAAUAGGCGUUGAAUUGGUGCCAGGCCGUGGAAAGCAGAGAAAGGCCAGAAGGAAAUAGGGCUGAUACAGACUCAUUGUGCCAGGGGUUUGCCCCCCUUUCAACACCAACGCAUCAACAUUUCCUGUCUGCUGUCCGCCCCUGACCAGAGCCAUGACCACUCAGAGAGAUCCCGACACGGUGAACCUGCGUCUGAUCCUGGUGAGUGGGAAGACUCAGGACUUCACCUUCUCUCCCAAUGACUCUGCCACAGACAUCGCCCGAUACGUCUUUGAAAACUGGCCAGAGGGCUGGGAAGAGGAGCAGGUCAGCAGUCCCAGUAUCCUUCGCCUCAUCUUCCAGGGGCGUUUCCUGCACGGAAAUGUCACGCUCGGAGCUCUGAAGCUGCCUCCAGGCCGAACAACUGUCAUGCACUUGGUGGCCAGAGAGACGCUGCCUGAGCCUAACUCUCAUGGCCAGAGGAACAGGGAGAAGACAACUGAAAGCAGCUGCUGCCUACUGCUGUAAAACAAGCUAAACAACGACAACAACUCUCCAAACAUCGUCUUUACCCCCUUUUCCUCCCCAC